UCCGACAUUGAUUCGGUAAUGUUAACACGCUCCAGUUUUGCUCAAUGAUUCUUUGCGAAUCUUACCUUGAAGCAAGUGUUGAAAAUGACGUAUUGUGGCCGCGACUGGCUCCGAGGAGCACGUACAGCUCCAGACCUGCAGCAUCUGUUCACCAGUGAACUUCUGGAUGAGUUUGACGCCAUCCGCCUUUGGCUCCAUCUGAUCCGGACUGCCAUUCUCCAAGAAAAUGAGGUGACUGAGAACAAGAGAGGCAAGCGACAUAUGUGGAUGUUACAGAGAGAGGUUGAUUGUGGCUGGACACAGAUGUCCAAACUUUUCCUCAGCAAUGAUCGCCACCCAAGCGUGCGCAACUCACUCAUCGAAAUCCACAACACCGUCACACCGGCCGCCGCUCACUACAGGCUUUCGCGACUUCUCCCGCCACCCAUCUUCGUCCAGGGAGAACUUGUCCCCCCGACCCUGCCCCCUAAAGCCGGGAAGCUCAGGCGUUUCAUCACCACUGUCCGUACUAGACUGGCAUCUAUCGCAUUCAAAAACAAAGUGAAACCCACAGACGUUUCUGCUGCCAAAUCACAUGUCAAAGACACACCUGGCCACAACUCUGUCUUUGGUCGUGUUGUGCAGUGUAUCAGGAACAUCGCCAGUAGCAAGAACCAGGUUCUCCCUGUGUGAAAAUAUGCAGUGUGAAAACAUACACAUGUAUUGUAAAACCUUUUUGAAUUUCUGUAUAUUUAAUUUGAUUUGUUUGAAAUUGUACAUAUUGUCUGACGUUAUACAUCCCUGUAAAUCAUGAUGUUGUAAUUCAUUACAUGGAAAACAUUAUACAACUUCUGUAAAUCCUGUUUUAUUUGUGAUUUGAAAUUUCUCUAAAGCAUUACUAUUUCAUCAUUCUAAUAACCGAAGUCUCAUAUUGCCAGUUUGGUAUAUGCAGACAUUAAA